AAGUUGGGCCCAAGGGCCUUUUAAUAAACUGUGUAUGUAUAGCGCGGAGAAAAGUGUAUCGUCAGACAAAUUCCUUCCGCCGCUGCAUCUCUUCACCGACAAUGUCGAAUUGGAGUAACGAUGUGACUAGGUUAAUGGAUCGAGAUGUUGGUAUUUAUUCUGGAGAAGGAACCUCUGGGACGGCAAAGAGGUCCGAGAGCUUUGCAAAAGAAGUCAAGCAUAUGGAAUCUGUGAUGAAUUUUAAGAGAAGUGGCGAGGGAGUUGUUGCUGUAGCUUCUACCACUUAUUCGUUGAAUGAAUUGGUCGAGUUCUUGGAAUCCCCGACGGUGAAGAUUCCUGUUGGAGCUCUAGACGUAGGAACGAUCACCCCAGUGGAGAUCUGGAAGGCCUUUCAAAUGAGUGAUCGCAAACGGCACUUCUCCACUGUCUUGGCCUUUGAUGUAGACGUUACCCCUGAGGCAAGUCAACUCGCGGAACAGUUGCAAGUCAAAGUCAUCUGUGGCGGCGGUAUGCUUGAUACGUUGCACUCCCAGUUCAAAGAGCAUAUCGAACAGCUGGGAGAGGACCUAGAAAUUGAGGAUGAAGCAAUCUUCCCUGGCAUCCUCAGCAUCUUAACCAACGCUGUGUUCAGCAAGGAAGACCCUAUUGUCCUCGGAGUCUUAGUUGUUGAAGGUUUCAUUAAGGUAGGAGUUCCCAUAGCCUAUGUGCGAACUGCUGGUUGUCUGGAUUUAGGACGUAUUGCAUGGAUUGAGAAAUACCAACAACCCGUCGAUGUUGCUAGUCUAGGCGAGACCGUUGUUAUCAAGAUUGUUGCAUCAAACCCGGAAGAACAGAGACAAGCACGUAGCUUUAGAAGCCAUUAUGACAUUAAUGAUAAUAUCCUUGUCACUCGUAUUUCUAGGGGAUCUAUCAAUGCCCUCCGAGAUAAUCACAAGGAUAAACUAUCCUAUAGCGACGUGAAAGUGCUGUAUGAUCUCAAACACGUUCUCAAUAUCAAGUAAUAUGUGUAUGUCUAAUGUUGUUGUUCCCGUUUGUCAACAACAACUACUUUCCAUUUAAAAUCUGAACAAGCUGGCCGCUUCUAGUUAUCUCAUCUUUUUAUAUAGUUAUGUAUUCGCAUCUUUUAUAUGCUGAAAAUAAAUGGUUGAAUAUAA